AUGUCGACGGUACGGGACCCCGCGAUUGAGCCAAGCGACGUGGAAAGAACUGGAGAUGCGAAAAUCGCUGGAGACUCAUCCGAGCCGAUGGCCGAUGCCGAUGUCGCCGAAUUGGAAAAAGAUGGCGAACCGCCUCUGCCAUUCUCUAGAGCGCGGUGUAUAGCUCUCGUGGCUACGGUUACGGGCGCCAGCUUCCUAAACACACUUUCUAGUCAAGCCGUUGUUAUAAUCCUACCGACGAUUGGGAGGGAGAUCGGUAUUCCUGAGACCCGGCUGCAAUGGAUUGUGUCGGCAUAUGCUUUAACUUUCGGCACAUUCCUGUUAAUCUGGGGCCGUAUCGCCGAUAUAUAUGGAAAACGAGAUAUUUUCAUCUGGGGCAGCGCCUUCGUGGCUGCUACUUUGAUAGCUAACCCCUUCCUGCCAAAUGAAAUCGCUUUCGACCUUUUCAGGGGGCUGCAAGGUCUGGGAGCCGCAGCGAAUGUUCCUACGGCAAUUGGGAUAUUAGGUGUUACGUUUCCUCCGGGAAAGGCUAAGAAUUAUGCAUUUAGCGCUUAUGCUUCUGGAGCGCCAUUAGGGAGUGUCUUCGGAAACCUCCUUGCUGGUGGCAUUGCUUCAGCCACGAGUUGGAAAUGGGUGUUUGGCACUCUAGGAGCACUCGCUGCUGUGAUUACGGUUGCCGGCUAUUUCUUCAUUCCCCCACCGCCUCCUGCUUUGACCCCGGAGAGGAGAGGACUUGCGCUUCUUGAGCAUGUCGAUUGGCUGGGAGGAUUCCUUGUCACAGUCGGCCUUCUUGCUCUUCUGUUCGCUUUGACAGAGGGCAACGUCGUUGGCUGGAGCACUCCCUGGGUUCCAGUCUUAAUUGUUGUUUCAGUCCUUCUCCUAUGUGUUUUCUAUGUCUGGCAGUGGUAUCAAGAGAAUCGCACUACAAGGAGGCCGCUGAUCAAAGUUUCCAUAUUCAAGAACGGGAGGUUUUGCGCUGGCCUCCUGAUCAUGGCGCUUUUCUUCGCUAGCUUCAACAACUUCAUAGUCUAUGCGACUUACUUCUAUCAGAAUUACCAAGGUCUCAGCCCCCUCGACACCACCCUACGUUUCAUCGCAACAGGCGUCACAGGUACACUAGUGGCAUUCGUCGUCAGCCAUCUAAUCUCGCGUGUCCCAACAUGGAUUCUGCUCCUGUGCGCAAACGUGGCAAUGUCUGUUGCAUGUCUGCUGUUCGCUGUGCCGCUUCCUCGUGGAACCUCCUACUUUGCCUUUGGACUGCCAGCCUUCAUUCUGUCCGUAAUCGGCGCUGAUAUCACAUGGCCUUGUUUGACACUUUUCACAUCAAAGUCUCUUCCACAAGAAGAUCAAGCAAUAGGAGGGGGUCUCAUCAACGCCUCAGCCGGCGUUGGCAGAGCUAUCGGACUUGCUAUCGACACAGCUAUUCAGACGGCUGUGCUCGCUAGAGAAAGGGGUGUCUCUGUGGACAAGGCUGGCGAGAUCCAGGAAUGGGACGCGGCAUCCUUAGAGAGCAUUAGGGCGGCAGACUGGUUCAACUUUGCGCUCAGUCUCUUGUGCGUAGCGGUUGUCUGUCUUGCGUUUCGCGGAACAGGGAUUGUAGGGAAAAAGGAAGAACCGAAGAGGGAACCCCCUCAAGUCUUGAGAGAUGCUGAAAAAGCCGAUACCACGAAAUGA